GGAGACGCCUGUGUCCCUGCCUCAUUGCAAAUUUAGCUUGGACACUGUUGUCCAAGUCUCCAGUGUUGUAUCAUUUGGCAGUGAUUCAUUGUGAACAGUAGGGAUCAAAAAGCCAGAUGAUGAAGGCUGUGGCGGUCCUGGGUGCACUGCUGGCUGUUGUGUGUCAGGUCAGCAGCAGCAGUCAGGUAACACAGAGCGAUCUGAAGCCAGCUGUGCUGUACCCAUGGAGACACAGGAGUGCAGGUCCACAGGUCAGGGUCAAGAGAGACUGGAACAUUCCACCAAUCCGAGUAUCAGAAAACAGCAAGCAGGUCCCUGAAGAUCUGGUCCAGAUCAAAUCAGACAAGGUUUUCACCGGGGAGGUGAUAUACAUGCUGGAGGGGCCCGGGGUUGACCAGGACCCCAAAGGCCUCUUUGAAAUUGAUGAAAAAACAGGAUGGAUCAAGAGCAAAAUGCCACUAGACAGGGAAAAACACAAGAGCUUUAAGCUCAAAGCUUUUGCACUUUCCCCAAGUGGAGAGAGACUGGAAAGUCCCACCACGAUUGAAAUCUACGUUUUAGAUCAGAAUGACCACAGGCCUGAAUUUACCCAGAAGGAGUUUGUCGGCACUAUCCCAGAAUUCUCUGUUCCAGGAACUUCAGUAAUGCAAGUUACAGCGAUAGAUUCUGAUGAUCCAAUGACCGAAAACGCAGCUCUGAGCUACUCCAUCAUUGGGCAAGAGAGUAUCCCUCCUCACGGCAUCAACAAGACCAUGUUUGGCAUUAACAACAAAACUGGAGUCAUCUACACUCGGGAUGUGGGACUAGACAGAGAUGUGGUGCAGUCCUUCAGGCUGACUCUGCAGGUGGCUGACAUGUCUGGAAUGGGCCUAACCUCCACCGGUUGUGCCAUCAUUCACAUCUCUGACAUUAACAACCAUGCUCCGAAAUUCCAUCCUACCAUGUACAACAUGUAUGCAAUGGAGAACAAGUACAUCGCGGAGCUGGGCAGGGUCAAUGCGACAGAUAAGGACCAGAAAGGUGGAGAUAACUGGAAGAUUAAGUACACCAUUGUAAAUCCUUCAGGGCACUUUGCCAUCCGCACAGACCCAGUUUCCAACCAAGGCAUCAUUUCUGUGGUUAAGCCACUAGACUAUGAAUCCCAGGCAGAGUACCAGCUCUUUGUCAAAGCAGAGAAUGAAGUCAGGCUUAAAGCCCCGUACGAACAAAUACACAGUGCUACAGUCACCGUCAAAGUGAUGAAUGAGAACGAGGCCCCAAUCUUCUAUAAAAACCCCAUUAAAGUGACUGUUGCAGAGUCCACUGUUCCCGGUACUGUCCUGGUCUCAAAUAUUGCUCACGAUCCAGAUAAUGCCAAGCUAAGGUUUGAAAUCAUUCAGGAUCCUGAGAAUUGGCUUGCUAUUAACCAUGCAACGGGACAAAUCACAGCCAGGAGAUCCUUCAACAUCCAGUCUCCCCACGUCAGAAACAACAUUUACUCUGCUAUUGUGAAAGUCAUAGAUCAGGACGCUGAUGGCAUCUCUGCAACAGCUACAUUGGAGGUCAAUCUGUGGGAGACCAAUGAUUACCCACCAGUGCUCAUACCCUUGAGUGGGACAGUGUGCAGUGAUCGGGACAGAGAUAAAUUGGGCCUUCUGCUUAGUGCUGUGGAUGAGGACAUGUACCCUCAAGCUGACCCCUUCACCUUUUACAUUGCUGAUCAAAAUGUGGCUGCCAACUGGACCAUCAUAACUCUUAAUGAGACCCAUGCGGUUCUCCAGCCACUGAUAGACAUAGAGAAAGGGGAAUUCUCUAUUCCUGUGGCCGUAUCAGACUCUGGCUCUCCUUCCCUUUCCUCUAAUGCUCUGGUCAACGUGACUGUGUGUCCCUGUGACAGUUUCGGUGACUGCAAGAGCUACACCGCAGUCAUCUUUGGAACCAAAAUGGGAAUAAGCUUCAUUGCCCUUAUGAUUAUUAUGGGAUGCAUUGCUCUUCUGUUGUUUCUGAUUGUUCUUGCUGUGGCGGUGAAGGGCUGCACAAGGCAGAACAUUAGAAAAGGAGGAGGUCUGCUGGUCGGAGCGUCUGAUGAUGACAUCCGAGACAAUGUCUUUCACUAUGAUGAGCAGGGAGGAGGAGAAGAGGAUGAAGAUGCAUUUAAUAUUGAUUUUCUGAGGAACCCAAGUGACAUGGUCCCUGCCCCAGCCUCAUUUUUCCCACAAGACUGCAGCCUGCCCAGAGGAAAGCAACCUCUAAGGAAAGAUGCACCCCAUAACCUGCCUUCUCCUACAUAUCCACGCAAACCCCCCGGAGACCCAACAGACAUAGAAGAUUUCAUCAAUGUUGGGCUGGACGCUGCUGACAAUGACCCUAAUGUCCCACCAUACGAUACAGCUCUGAUCUAUGACUAUGAGGACGAUGGGUCGGUAGCAGGCAGCCUUAGCUCUAUUGCUUCCAUGGGCUCAGACGGUGACCAGGACUAUGACUACCUCAAUGACUGGGGACCACGGUUUAAAAAACUAGCUAACAUGUACGACCCACGUUAGGCACCAGACUGAUUCUUUUGUUCAAGAUGUUCAGAUACUCUCAUACAUGCAUGUCCUUCAAAACUCUAUGCAAAUCAAAUGUC